CCGCCGCGGCCGCCGCGCGCUCUCCCGCACUCGCCGGCGCCGCCAACUUCGGAGCGGCCGGCCGGACCAUGGGGGCUCCCCCGGGCCGGAUCACGUAGCCGCGGCGGCCCCGAGAGCCCGCGCCGCCCGAAGCGCCCGCGCGGCCCUUCCCGCGCGCAGGCCAUGGGCGGCCGCGGCUCCCCCCUGUGCGCGGCGGCACCCGCGGUGGCCGAGGGCGGCCCGGCCCGCGAGCCGCUGCAGCUGCUGGAGGUGUCCUCCCGCAAGAGGCUGCCCAGCGGGCCCGAGCAGGACCCAUGCGGCAGCCGCCCUGCGCCCGAGGGCGCCGGUGCGGGCGCCGAGCAGGGCCACUCGGCGGGCGGAGGUGGCUGGUGCCGCCACUGCCACACGAAGCUCGCCGAGCUCAAGCGACAGGCGUGGAAGCUGGUCAGCGGGUCCGGGACGCCCCUCCGGGACCCUUGCCUCUCUGCGUUGCUCCUCGACAAGCUGCCGGCCCCCGGGGUCCUGCCCGCCUGCCGCCCGGAGGCCGAGCGCCGCUGUGACGUCUGCGCCACGCAUCUGACCCAGCUGACGCGGGAGGCCCUGCGGCUGCUGCAGGCUCCCGCCAGCCGUGACGCCCCCGACGCCCCCCAUGGAGGCCCAGGCCUUGUGCCCUCCAGCCCCGGCUCCGGGACCAGCCUGCGGGAUGCGUCCGUGCUUGCGGGCCCGCCGGCGAGGCAGCUGGGCCGGGCGGGGCCGGACAAGAGGAAGGGGCUGGCCUGGCCUUCUGGGCCCAGCGUCCAGGUGUCGGUGGCCCCGGCCGGCCUGGGCGGAGCCCUGAGCACAGUCACCAUCCAGGCUCAGCAGUGCCUGGAGGGCAUGUGGAGCGUCUCGAGGGUCAACAGCUUCCUGCCGCCAUCCUGCCUGGCGGAAGCGGCGGUGGCUGCCGUGGCGGUGGCGGACUCUGUCCGGGACGGUGCCCCCAGCUUGGGCUCUGACGGUGUGUCGAAGACGUGGGGCCUCAGUGGGGCCUGCAGGACGGCGCUCGUCACCCCGGCCCCGGGCACCCCGGCGGGGGGCUCCCCGGGCCCGUCAGCGGCAGCCUCCUUCUUCAUUAGGGCUGCCCAGAAGCUCAGCCUGGCCUCCAAGCGCAAGAAACCUCAUCCGCCGCCGGCCCCUGCUGCCCGCAGUGCCUCCCCGUACCCCACGGACUUCAGCGGGGUCCUGCAGCUGUGGCCGCCCCCCACACCCCCCUGCUUGCUCAGGGCCGCCUCCAAGGUUAAGGACAAUCCCGGCAGCAUCGGAAAGGUGAAGGUCAUGCUGCGGGUCUGGCCUGCACAGGGGGCGCAGCCCUCGGCCGAGUCCGCGUCCUUCCUGAAGGUGGACCCACGCAAGAAGCAGGUGAUCCUGUACGACCAGGCUGCUGGGCCCCCCGGCAGCUCGGGCCCCCGACGAGCCUCCGCCGCGGCUCCCAAGAUGUUUGCCUUCGACGCCGUCUUCCCCCAGGACUCGGAGCAGGCUGAGGUCUGCUCGGGGACUGUGGCUGAUGUGCUCCAGUCAGUGGUCAGUGGGGCUGAUGGCUGCAUUUUUUCCUUCGGCCACGCGAGCCUUGGCAAGUCCUACACCAUGAUCGGGAAGGACAGCUCGCCCCAGAGCCUGGGCGUUGUGCCCUGUGCGAUUUCCUGGCUCUUCAGGCUCAUCGAGGAGCGUAGGGAGAGGACGGGCACCCGCUUCUCAGUGCGCGUGUCUGCGGCGGAGGUGUGCGGCCCCGACGAGAGCCUGCGGGACCUGCUGGCCGAGGCGGCCUCCGACAGCCUCCAGGACGCCCAGUCCCCGGGCGUGUACCUGCGGGAGGACCCUGGGUGUGGGGUUCAGCUGCCAAACCAGAGCGAGCUUCGGGCUCCCACGGCGGAGAAGGCCGGCCUGUACCUGGAUGCGGCGCUGGCGGCCCGUGGCUCCCGCCGGCCGGGCUGUGGCUCACACCUGGUCUUCACGCUGCACGUCUACCAGUACCGCGUGGAGAAGUGCGGCCGCGGCGGGAUGUCUGGAGGCCGCAGCCGCCUGCACCUCAUCGACCUGGGCGGGUGUGAGGGGGCGCCUGGCCGGGGCGGGGAGGCCCCCGGGGGACCCUCGUGUCUGCCUCUGUCCGCCUUGGGCAGUGUCAUCCUGGCCCUGGUCAGCGGAGCCAAGCACGUGCCCUAUAGGGAGCACAGGCUCACCCUGCUGCUGCGUGAGUGCCUGGCGGCCCCCAGCUGCCGGACCACCAUGAUCGCCCACGUCUCGGACGCACCCGCUCGCCACGCCGAGACGCUCAGCACCGUGCAGCUCGCUGCCCGCAUCCACCGGCUACGCAGGAAGAAAGUCAAGUACGCGUCCAGCUCCUCCGGCGGGGACAGCUCCUGCGAGGAGGGCCGUGCCCGCCGCCCCCCGCACCUGCGGCCCUUCCACCCCCGCUCCAUGGCCUCGGAGCCCGGCCGCCUGGCUCCCAGCUCGCCCGGAGACCCCGACUACUCCUCCAGCAGCGAGCAGUCCUGCGACACGGUCAUCUACGUGGGGCCCGGCGGGCUGGCCCUGUCCGACCGCGAGCUCACCGACGACGAAGGGCCGCCCGAGUUCGUCCCCAUCAUCCCCGCGCUCCGCCGCCGCCGGCCCUCCGAGGGCCCGAGGGACGCCGACCACUUCCGCUGUAGCACCUUCGCGGAGCUGCAGGAGCGGCUGGAGGGCAUCGACGGCAGCGAGGGUGUCCCCGGGGGCAGGAGGCCCUCACCGCCCGAGGCCGGCGCUCCCAGGAAGGCGGCAGGCUCCUCGCUGGCGGCCGGCACGCCUCGAGGCAGCCCCGCCCCAGACGCCUGCCGGGGUGCCCUGGAACCCUCUAAGGCUGGUGCCGACCGGAGGGAUCUGCUGGUGCCGGACAAGGCCGCUGGGGUCGGGGGUAGGAGGCCACUGCCCAGCCCGGCCCCUCCACCUCCUCGGCAGCUGGAAGCCAGCAGAGCGCCUGAGGACCCAGGGGGAGGGAGCGCGGACGGCGUGCUGCGGACGCCCCCCGUGGGCAGGAGCGGGCAGGCGGGCAGCCCCCGGCCCCCCGCACACGGCCGCCGUCUGGAGCGGAGCCUGCUGACCACCACGGUGACACUGCAGCAGCCCGUGGAGCUCAAUGGCGAGGACGAGCUGGUGUUCACGGUGGUGGAGGAGCUGUCCCUGGGGGCGCUGGCCGGCUCCGGCCGCCCCAGCAGCCUGGCCAGCUUCGGCAGCAACUGCUCUCUGCAGGCCGUAGCCUCGGGGUCCAGGCCGGUCAGCAUCAUCAGCAGCAUCAGUGAUGAGCUCGAGGCUUACAGCGCACAGGCUGCGGGCGCGCCCUCGGAGGGGGCGGGCCGGGCUGGGAGCAGCCAGGGCACCUCGGUCAGUUCCUGGCUCAGCGAGGUCAGCAUCUGCAUGGACGACCGCCACAGCCCCGUGCCCCCGCCUACCUUCCGGGCUGGCCGGGACUCGCCAGCAGGGCCCGACCCCCUGGGCACCCCUGUCCCGGGCGGCUCCCCGGACGAGGGCAGCUGUCGGUUCCCAGAGCACAGCAGACCGGACGGUCCUGGCCCGGCCCAGAGUCCUCGCCCUGGGGACGUGGCUUCUGCGGCCCCCGCCCGACCUGGUAGGGAGUCCCCAGCCGCAUCCCCGUGGGGGGCGGCCCCCGCACAGACGAUCCACUCCAGCCUCCCCCGGAAACCGAGGACUUCCUCAGCGGCCGGUCGUGCAGGCUGCACUCGCCUGGCCGCGAGCCCACCUGGCCCCGGAGGCCUCUUCGAGGACCCCUGGCUGCUCCGGGCAGACGAAUGUGGCCCGUGCCAGGGGCCCUCGGCCGGCAGGGUCCCCAGCCCAGGCCCAGUGCUGGCUUGUGCCCGGAGGGUGGUGGACGGCUGUGAAGUGGCAGCCGGGGCGGCCCCGAGGCCAGAGGCUGUAGCCCAGAUACCCCCGCUGCGGAGGGGGGCCACCACGCUGGGUGUGACCACACCCGCCGCAUCCUGCAGGGAUGUCCUGGCGGCUGCGGCCGCCUCUCUGGGCAACCCGAAGGCUGCCCCCAACAGCAAGCGGAGCGUGGCUCCCAAGGGAAGCCUCUUCACGAGGCCUGGCGGGGCAGCCCCCCCGGCCCCUCCUGUGCGCAAGUCCAGCCUGGAACAGAAGAGUAGCCCAGCGCUGACUGCUCCCCAGGGCGGGGGCCCUACCCGGGCUGCGGCUGCUGCCCUUCCCCGAGGAGAGGAGGAGGCCAGGGCUGGGAGCCGGGCUGACCACUCUGUCACCAGGGCCACGUCCAGCCUGAAGGCCCGGGCGGGCAAGGUGGAAGCCGCGAGCCGGCCCAGCGCCCAUGGCUCUCUCGAGCGGUGCGAGGGACCGGCGCACGGCAAGGCCAGGGAGGCUCCCGGGAGGGCCCGGGCUGUGCCCAGGUUGGGUGUUCCGUCCCCCAGCCCCGUGCCUGGGCCUGCUCCAGCCUGUAGGGGCAGCCCGGCCAAAGGCGUGGGGGCCCCCAAGCCCCCAGCUGGCGGGAGCAAGGGCCGCAGUCCAGCAGUGGGUGGGUCGAGGGCCUUGUGUGCUCCCGUGAAGCCACUGACCCCAGCGGUGGGCAGGACCCCCAGUGGCCCCGUGAUGGCUCCCCGGGUGGCCCCGCGGGCUGUGCCUGGUGUCGGGGCCAAGGCCAGCCGGGGCACCAUCAUGGGCACCAGGCAGGCGCUCCGGGCCGCCCACAGCCGCGUCAACGAGCUGGCGGCCAGUGGUGCCCCCAGCAGAGGUGGUCCCUCCUGGGGCUCGGCGGACUCGGACAGCGGCAGCGACAGUGGCGUGAAUGUGGGCGAGGAGCGGCUACCCGCUGUCCCCGCGCUGCCCUCCCCCUACAGCAAGGUCACGGCCCCGCGGCGGCCCCAGCGCUGCAGCAGCGGCCACGGCAGUGACAACAGCAGCGUGCUGAGCGGCGAGCUCCCGCCCGCCAUGGGCCGCACCGCGCUCUUCUACCACAGCGGCGGCAGCAGCGGCUAUGAGAGCGUGCUGCGUGACAGCGAGGCCACCGGCAGCGCCUCGUCCGCGCCCGACUCCAUGAGUGACAGCGGGGCCGCCUCGCCCGGGGCCCGCUCCCGCAGCCUCAGGUCCCCCAAGAAGAGGGCCACAGGUCCACAGCGGAGACGGCUGAUCCCGGCGCCCAUGCCGGACACUGCUGCCUUGGGCCGCAAGCCCGGCCUCCCUGGGCAGUGGGUGGACCUGCCGCCGCCCCUGGCCGGCUCCCUGAAGGAGCCCUUCGAGAUCAAGGUCUAUGAGAUUGACGACGUGGAGCGCCUGCAGCGGCACCGGCCGCCCCCGAGGGAGGACCCGGCUGAGCCCUCCCAGGACGUGGAGAAGGGUCUGGUGUGCGCCAGCGCCCGGCUUCGGCUGGCGGAGCGCAGGCAGCAGCGGCUGCGGGAGGUACAGGCCAAGCACGAGCAGCUGUGCGGGGAGCUGGCGGAGACCCAGGGCCGGCUGAUGCUGGAGCCCGGCCGCUGGCUGGAGCAGUUCGAGGUGGACCCGGAGCUGGAGCCCGAGUCGGCAGAGUACUUGGUGGCCCUGGAGCACGCCACGGCCGCCUUGGAGCAGUGCGUGAAUGUGUGCAAGGCCCACGUCAUGAUGGUCACCUGCUUCGACAUCAGCGUGGCCUCCCCCGCCGGCCCGCCGGCGCUGCAGGAGGUGGACGUCUGAGGCUGGGCCCCGGGACGCCGGGAGGGCACGUGGGACGGAGCGAGCACGUGGCGGGGGUCAGAGGGAUGAGGGUGUGGAGGGCCGGGGCCGGCCCAGCGCGGGGGGCUCGGAGGCGAUGAGCAGGAGGGAGGGGUUGGCCAGGCGGAGCGGACGGUGGCGGGGAGUGAGCGCGUGUGCGGGAGACGGGACGGUCACCACCCAGACAGCAACGCAAGUGCCUUUAACCUUGAAUCGACUUCUCUCUUUUUGUGUUUGGUGCUAAGGACUCAAGACACCAGCAGACGGUGUGCUCAGGCUGUGGCCGUCCGGGGCCAGGCCGAGCCCCUUCCCAGCCAAGCAGUUUCAUGUAGCAGGACUGCUCUGGGCCCCGCCGGCCCAAGGGUCAGGAUGCAGGACUCUUCCUUUACAGCUGUUUCCUCUCGGCAGAACUGGCCCCGGGGGUCACCAGACCACGGUCUGCGUCCUUGCUGUGGAUCGCGUGGGGUCCUCCGGGGGGGACGGCCUCGUUUUUCCUUCCCCCCCCGGGACCUGCUCUGUCCAGAGGAUACAGAGAGGGCAGCGCCCACAAGGCGCCUUCUUCUACGGCAGGAAUUCUUACCAAAACCACAAGCAAAAAACAAACCCAACACACACACACACACAAACAAUGGGGGGUUAGGGUUUUGUAAAGGUUCUGUUAGGUUCAUAUUUUUAUAUCAUUUUGCCUAUAAAUGCAGUAUUUGCAGUGGGAAUUUGGAGACAAAUGAUCUAUGUUUUUAUGGUUUUCUAUGGAAGGUAUCCCUCAGGCCAGGCUCUUUCUGGGGGGGCGCCCGGUGGGGGCAGGGGUCCGUGGGGGGCUCUUCUUGCCAAAUGCAGACCGGGAGGGCGCCUGCCGACGUAUGUGUGUCCCCGUCACAAUGGGCUCUGUUUUCUGACCCUUGUGCAUUUUCUAGGGGCUCCCAGACCUUUGUACAAAUGUGUAGAUAACCUCUUGCUACGGCUUUUAUUUGUGAAUAAAAGACACAUCCGUUGUUAAAA